AUGCCCACAAUGGGAUCUCUGAACCAGGGGAUCCAGUAUGCUAAUAAUCCGAUCCAAAGCCCUCAGCUUCAAACGUCACUGCAAGGCUCGCCCUCGCAACAUAGCCCUAUGGGAAUGCAAUCACAAACAGCGCCUAAACUAAACCAAGGAGGUGGCGAUCAGACGUCACAACUUCUCAGUCGUCCAAGACUGCAAGAGUUAGUCAGGGAAAUCGACCCUACAAUGCAGCUAGAUGAAGAAGUAGAGGAAAUAUUACUGCAAUUAGCUGAUGACUUCAUAGACACAUCACUAUCUUCAUCUUGUGCUCUAGCUAAACACAGACAUUCAUCAAAUGUAGAACUUAAAGAUGUUCAACUACAUUUAGAACGACAAUGGAAUAUGUGGAUUCCAGGUUUUGGAAAUGAUGAACUGAGACCUUAUAAACGAGCAGCGGUUACAGAAGCACACAAACAGAGAAUGGCUCUCAUUAGAAAGACUAUUAAGAAAUAUUAA